UGCCUCAUUAGAAACUGGGCAUCAUCAUCCCGACAAAAGAACUUGUUAAAGUCUUGAUCAAUAAUAUUCACUGGAAAAUUUGUCCUAACGAGAUAGUCUAUAACUGCUGCUACCAUUUCCUCAUUUCUCUCCCUGGCAAGAUUCAUUUUUAUAGAAUUCCAACCCGUUGCAUAUGCCUUUUGUUUAACUUUAGGUAUAUUGCUAGUUAAAUGACAAAACACUUCCAUUGCGCACAGAGUGGUAGCCAUGGAGCUGUUUUUAGACAGACUUUCAUCUAAUGAAUUUAAAUGCUCAAAAACUUGAGAUUUGGUUUUUGGUGAAUGUUUUAACAAAAACUGCAAAACAAAUCUCUGAACACAAGGGGUAAAGGUAAGCAAGUUAUUUAUUAAAUAUAGCCCUAACUUAUUAGAAACAAUAAUCCCUUUCUCGCCAACAAAAAUCUCUUCAAGAGAACACAAGCAACUUGCAACGGUGGCUGAAUCUUGGUCACUCAGAUGUCCAUAAAGAGAAUCCCAUAUUCCACCCUCCAUUACAAUGGAAGGGGCGAUGUGAUGUAAUCUAGCUGAGGCAAGAGCAGAACACCUCCGUACAUUUGGACUGGUGUCUUCAAGUCCUUGUAUCACAGCUGUGUGUAGCAUCUCUGUGGCUAGUGGAGACUGUAAAGAUCCAAGCACCUUUAAUCCCAGACUACGAAUGACAGGAUUGACAUCCUUGCAAUCUUGAACUAAAGUAUUUGUUGCCAGGAGAACCAUUUCUUGAUUUUGCUCUGCAAGUAUUCCAAUUAUUUCCCCUGCAACACGCUUCACAAAUGUGUCACUGUAAGCCAAAAGUUUCACCACAGUAGGCAAGGCUGGGGUAACAUCGCACCCAUUGUUCAAUAGUGUGAGUACCUGUAAAAUAUAAUUAAAUACUUAAGACACAUUUGAAAUCUACAGAAUUAGGAAAAUCUAUGCAUUAUUUUUUCUACCAUAUACAUCUGCUGUUCCUAAAGUACUAACAUUUUACUUGUGAUAUAAAAAUUAUGAAAAAAUUAUACAUUUUGUCAGUGCUUUUUUUGUAAAAAAAUAGGUGCCGGUACUCAGUGAUGGAUUGCCUAACUUUUAACUACCAGUUCGCACCUCGAUGCAAGCUAAAUCACAACUGCAAAGAUACUAAAUGUCUAAAACAAUUUUAUUUUAUACUUAACCAACUUAAAUUUUUUUAUUAUUACUUUAUUAGUAUACCGUAUUAAUUAAUAAUGAACGUUAAAAUACAAGAAAAGUAAUAAUUUUCUCCCCACAUUGAAAAAGGUGCCGGUACGCCGUACCGGUGCGUACCGGCACAAAAAAAGCACUGCUUUAUAGUGGAAUAUUUAUUGAAUUGACAGAACUGCUCUGUAAAAUAUGAAAUAAAAGUUGUCCGUUGUCUUGAUCCAAACUUUCAUCGUGAUACUACUCACUAAUACUAAUAGUAAUAGCCUACCAGGUAGGGUGAAUGAAUAGGCCUAGUUCACCUCUGCACUUAUUGUCUGACUUUUCCUGGUGACUAAUCAACAAUGCAAUAUUAUUACAUCAUAUAUUGCACGCAAACAAUUUUUUUUUUAAAUUAUUAUUUUUAAUAUAUAUAUACAUAAAGCAUAGAGUCUAGGGGUUGUCCACGAAUGACGUCCGCACACAUUACGCAUUUUCCCCCCACCCACUCACCCUUGUUUGCACUUGACCACAUGUGGCUUGGCCGGGGGGGGGGUGACGUCCGCUGGCGCAUACGAAAAUAAACAGGGAGUAUUAUAACCAAUUAACUUUUAACUACCAGUUCGCACCUCGAUGCAAGCUAAAUCACAACUGCAAAGAUACUAAAUGUCUAAAACAAUUUUAUUUUAUAAUUAACCAACUUAAAUUGUUUUAUUAUUACUUUAUUAGUAUAUCGUAUUAAUUAAUACGAAACUUUAAAAUACAAGAAAAGUAAUAAUUUUUUCCCCACAUUGAAAAAGUUGCCGGUACGCCGUACCGGUGCAUACCCUGCACAAAAAAAGCACUGCAUUUUGUAACAAGGAUAGUUAUAAAAAUUAUUUUCAGCACUCAGUGAGCAUGCAUAGAUGUGAGCUGGGAUUCAAACAUGUGUUAUUAAUGAAUUUGAAUCCCAUUGGAGGAUAGGGUGAACAACAUUAACAACAGGUAAGUAUUUAUGGUUGGAGUGGGUGUUGUAUCCGGUUAGUUAUAUAAGAAGUUAUUAGUGGUAUUUCUGAAAUUUAAAUUUUGUAAUAGUAAAAUUAUUUGGAGUGAAUUUUUACAACCCUUUUAGCAAAUGUAUUGCAUAAUUCACAAUGACUCACUAUAAAUCUUUUGACUUUCUUAAGAAAUAUAAUUAUUAUUACAUCAUGUUACUCAAAAUUCUACAUACGUCCACACUCAUAAAUUGACUUAUUCACUGCCUAUUUAACAUGCUUUCAAAUAUGGCUGCCCAUAUAGUUCCUUCUUCCAGACAAUUAAUCACUUGCAUUUUUACACCUCACAUGGAUUGGUGAGUUUUACUCGGUAAUAUACAAACACCAAAUGGUAUGACGUUAAAAUCUCAGAUUGAUAAAAAAUGAAAUGGGAAGGGAGAAUAAUAGCUUCAUUGCAUGGGGUUUAAAAAAAAAAGCAGUAACAAUUUAACAAAAGAGGGAGAUCUAACUCUAAUAUAUGGAGUAAAUUUUAAUUUAAAUUGUAGCAACAUAAUUAAGUUUCAUUACGUAAUAUAAUCAGGGAAUAAUAUUCUUACAGUUCAGAUUUCAGUAGAAAGGGAGUUAAAUUUCUGUGAAAAUUUAACAAGGGAUGAAGGAAGUCUAAAAAACUUGCAAUAUAUCACAGGCUUGAAAUUAUAUUUACACUGAUAACAACAAUAAAAAAUCAUAUAUUUGGCAAAUGGUCUUUGAUUUUUACACAUUUAUUACAAGUCAACUGACAACACUAUAGGCCAAUUUAAGCAUAAAACCUUUAUCAAACAAUGUUUUAAUUAUUAAUCAUAAGCUAGAUUUUAACUAAACAAACUUACAAAACAACAAUUUAAUAAUUUGGUCAAUUUACAAUUUACAACUCCCCCUGAGUCUCUGUUUAUGAGCGAGCUAUCCAUGUUCAGUUGCGGAUUGUUAUUAGAGUUAACUUUUCUUUUUUUUAUAUUAAUACGCUGAUGGACUGGAAUUUUGAAUGAAACCCAGUAUAUGAGAACGCGGUCCCCAUCAAGUAUGACCAUUUGAUAAAUGGAUUGGUGACCAACAGAUCUUGACUUAAUUCAUAUGAUUUACAGUGCAACUUGUAAUAAAGGGUGUAAAAGAGUAUUUGAUGAAACUGUAAGUUAGGUUUUCAUUAUUUUGAAUAUUGUAAAAAUAAUUUUAAUCUUUUUUAUUAAAAUGUAUGAUUUUCUCAGUACAGUGUGUAACUGUAGAGCACAAACACAUGGUUUCAGGUUUCAUGUUAGCGUAAGGUCAUAGAUUUUAGCUUUGAAGAUUUACGGCACCCUCAAGUUAGGGGGGAACAAAAUUUAUUUAAGGGUUAAUUUAUGCUUGAGUUAGGGAUCCUGACUUAGUAUUCAGGAUAGGUUGAAUUGUAGUUUUUAGAUUUAAUGGUUUUUCACAAAUAUUUUUAAAAAAAUUAAAUUAGUGUGAUUUUUGCUAUUUUUAAUUUAUUAAUUUUGUUUAAAAAUGUGUUCAUUUUUUACUUUUUUCUAUUUAUUAUUAAUUGUUCUUUAAUAUUAUCAUUUUUAUACAAAAAAAUUAUUUUAGGUAGGAUACAUGUUAAUAUAUAUUAUGUAAUUUAAUUUAUACUUAUUGAAAUGUUUUUUGGACUGAAGAAGACAUUUUACCGUAACGUUUAACGUACAUUUGUAUUUUGUAAUAUUAUAUUUUAAGCUGAAAUUGAAAUACACGGGGCUUACCAUUUAUAAAAUAUAUUGUUUUAUUUACACAAAUUGUUUGUGUCUGAUUAAUCAACUUUAAAGCUUUAUCGCAGUCCAAAACUCUUAUAAUUACAGAGUUGUGUCACCUGUGCAGGGAUCUGUUUUUAAAAGUGAUACUCAUAUUCAAAUCACAUUGACUUGUUACCUAUUAAGUUGUUAAAGUAAAGAUGAUCGAUAUUGGUUGAUACACUGAAAUUGAUUGCGAGUGACUGACUGACUGAAAAUGAAAUUUAUUGCUAUAGUUUUGAUUUAUUUAUUUUUUUCACUAAAUUAAUAUUAUUUAAUGAUUAUAAUAUAUUUAAUCCUAGCCGAUAUACCCGGUGAAAUCCCAUUAACGGUCGGUUCCUGAUCCGUCGCUAUUCCGAUCCCGGUGGGGUCCCAAACCCGGUUGUUUAAUAACAGGUACAUCCAUUUUAACAAUACUACAGAUUGUGUCUUCAGUUUCCUCUUCUGUUAAAAUGUUUGCGAUUGUACCAUGCAUUAUGUUAUAUGUGUUAUUGUUUGUUUCUAUACAUCAUAAUCCUGGUGUGAUCCCAUUUCCCCAUGGGAUCCCAAUACUGGUGGGAUCCUGUUUCCCGGUGUGAUCUCUAAGAAUCCCAAUCCCCGUGGGUUCCCAUUUCCCGUGGGAUCCUGUUCCCUAGUGGAGUCCCGAUCCCGGUGGAUCCCAUUUCCGGUUGUGAUCCAGUUUUCCUGGUGGGAUCCCGUUUUCGGGUAGUUCUCGAUAGGACUUAUCAAAGGUCAUUGAAAAACUAGUUCUAAAACAACUUUUUGCUUACUUAAACGACCACUCUCUUCUCAGUCCUAAUCAGUCGGCCUAUAAACGUUUCCAUAGCACUGAGACAGCUCUCUUGAGAGUCACCAAUGACCUCUUGCUCGCAUUGGACAGCAGUGAUAUCUCCAUCCUGAUCCUUUUAGACCUCAGUGUGGCCUUUGACACUGUUGACCAUGAAACCCUUCAAAAAACCCUUGAAAAUUACUUUGGAAUUUCAGGAUCAGUUUUGGCUUGGUUUAGGUCCUACAUCUCAAUUAGAACGUAGGCGGUCGCUGUCGAUGGCUGUCCCUCCGGCAGUGCUGAUUUGGUGUACAGAGUGCCACAGGGUCCGUUUUGGGCCCGUUCUAUUCACAAUGUAUACCAGGCCACUGCUCUUCUUGCUCGGGGGGCAUGCUGUGGAGAGCCAGUGAUUCGCAGAUGACACGCAGCUAUACAAGCAUACCCAUCCCUCUCUUGUUGAUUCUGCUAUGCGGACUUUGCGGGAGAGCAUUGAUGAUGUCAAGACUUGGAUGACAUUUAGCAAGUUGAAGCUUUACGAUGACAAAACGGAAGCAUUCCUUAUUCACAAUCACAAAUCAUACUCUAACUCAGCUCUCACAACUUCAUUUCAUGUAGUUAACUCUGAUAUACAGUUUACAUUCUCCGCUAGGAAUCUUGGUUAUAUUCUGUCCAACAACAUGUCUCUCGAUAAUCAUAUCUCUCACAUUUGUCGCUCUGCAUACACCAUUAUUCGUCAAAUCAGCUCCAUCCGCCAAUACCUCACAGUUGGUGCAACAGAAACCCUAGUCUGUGCUCUAGUUCUCUCUCGUCUUGACUAUUGUAACUCUCUUCUAUCAGGUUCACCAAAACACUUCUUAGAAAAAUUACAAAAGGUUCAAAACUCAGCUGCUAGACUAAUUCCCAAGGCAAAAAAACCUGAUCACGUCACACCACUACUUUAUUGGCUCCCUGUUCAAGCACAGAUUUUAAGUUUUUGGUUAUGUUUGUUAAAUUUUGUGUACAGCGUGGUGAGCCCAGCACUAGGCUGGGUUACCACACUAUAAAAAACCACUUAUAAUAGGUAAUAAUAAUAAAAUAAUUUCAAUAAGCUUUUAGAUACCAAUAUAUAUCCCCGUAGAACAAUAUAUAACCUUCUGGAAUAUUUUAGUUGAUAAUUAUUACCCUCCUCGAAACUUGUAAAAAAUGACUUUUCUACUUAAUACUAUUUAAUACGAAAAAGUAUACAACUAAAUACACUACUAUAACUAUAGUACAUUUACAUUGAUUGGGGGCCCAUUCUAUAAGUGUACCAAAUCAGUUUUGCUUGAGAUGGGGGCCCCAUAAAAAUCAUACAGAUAAAUUAUUCUUCAAAUUUGUCUGAUUAAAAUCGGUUUAAAAAUGCCAUAGAUAUAGCGUCUUUAAAUUAUGAAACGUUCUGGAAAAUUCUAGAUUGAAUAUUCUUAGUUUUAAAUCAACCUAUAUUUAAGUUUUGACUGUAAAGGGUAUUGCUACCACACUAGGCCUAUAUCCGUCAAUUCAAAUAGAACCUAUAUUGUUGUCUAAUAAGAAAAAAUAAAAUGGGGCCUCCUGCCUCAGCGGAAUGGAUAUAUUAUUAUGAUGUGUUUAGUAACCUUCGGUCUUUGAAUGUGGAUAAUCAAGUGUAUGUGUACUAAGUUUGGUAAAGAUCCACCAAUUCAUGUAGGAGUAUUUGUUGUUAAUUUUAUUUAUGUAGCUCAUAUAUAUAAUUGGCUGCAGGCUAAUGUGAAGAGAUAGCACCCCAACGUCAUUUGCAUGUUUUGUCCCUGGUCCCGAUAGGGUCAAAACCCUGGUUCUGAUAGAGUCAAAUCCCAGGUUAGGAAUAAGUUUAGGGUUCAGGUUAGGUUUAGAUUUAGGGUUCAGGUUAGUGAUAGUGUUGGGUUUAGGGAUAAAUUUAGGACUUAGUCUUAAGUUCGCAGGUCGCUUCAAAUCUAUCAAUCUGUGUAAGUGUAAAAGCCUUUCUUUGUGGAACAAACAAAUGUUCACUUUUAAAUAUAUAUAUAUAUGAUUACAUAUAAUGUAUAAUAUAAUUAUGUUGUUUAUAGUUUAUAUUAACUAUCACUAUUAUUAUUUUAACUUAUAUAACUUAUAUAGAACUUAUAGUCUAAUUCUAAUUUAUUAUAUUAUAUAUAUUAAUAUUAUUAUUUAUUAUAUACCGGUAUGAAUCAAUAUUAUUUUAUUAACGGAUAAAAAUUACGACAGAAAAAAACUGUCUUGUUUACUUUUACUUUUCAUAGUUCAUUUUCAUUUACCUCAUAAAUGCACAUGCGUAAAAAGCGCACAUCUUUUAAAUGUUCAACAUCGUUUAGUUUUUGCCAUAAUGUUGAUAAAUCUUGACAGUCUGCCAUUUUGUUUUAAUCACGUGACUUGGAAUUUCUAUAGCGGUUUUUCCCGAUUUCUAGUUCUGACUUCUGACGUACCGGUACAUGUCGAUAAACCUUAAUUUAAAACCAUGUUCAUAUUUAUGCAUAAUCAGAUCACAUUUGCCUUCGCAAGAUAUCGCUCGGCUGCCUCCUCAUUAAAUAAAUGUAAUAAAAUACAUCAAUUUUACUUCGAUUUCCAUAUUAUCAAAGAAAGUAGACGUGACGUGUUAACGCGUAGUAAUUACUGUAAUGCCUUGCUUGUAUUGUUCUCUGAUUCCAUGCCCAUGGGUUGGUUGUGACUUUGAGUAGGGUUUCAGCAAGUUUUCUUAAUUAAUUAACCAGGGUUGCCCGCAACACUUGGUGGGGGGGGGGGGGGGGGGGUUACAGGCCAGAAAAUCCCACAAGCCCCAGUUUCGGGAGACACUGUUAGACCCAGAAUAAGUAAAAAAAAAAUGAAAUCAAGAGAGGGAGAGGUUAUGCAAAAAAAGUUAAGAACCUCUGGGAUACGCUAUACUACUUAUACGAAGUGGCUAUUCGCACCCGGGUACCAGAAGUGAGAGGUUGGGAUUAAAAAACUAUUUAAAAUAUUAUUAUUGGGUUUGUAAUACAAAAUGAGGUAUCAAAUGAAAGAUAAUUGAAUAGACUAUAUGUUGGUAAACUUAAUUCUUCAUUUUAACUAAAAUAAACUACCACAAAUGGCAUCCGAGUUUGUCUUUGAAAAGAGAAAGCACAGUCAGUUAUAUUUUUUACUCUCAGUAACAGAGUGAGCCAAUCGCUGUGUUGAACGUGGAUUGCGCGAUAUCAAAUAGGCUUUCUCCAAAUGGCAAACUAAGAUUAGAAUGAGGAAGAAAUAAUUUUAAAAAGCAUUUUUUAAAUAAAUCUCCCCUUUACGUUUUAUCCAGACAUGCCAUGCAGUGCUCACGUGAACAAAUUUUCCAAUUCUCAACUGAACCAAUCACUAAAGCGCUAACUACGCGGGAUCUGAUUGGUUGGUAGAGCCACAUAAAUAUCUUCUAUGUUUCUAGGAACAUUAGUUAUUGCCUUGAAAGAGUUACCGAACACACCUGAAAAAUAAUCAUCUCAUUUAAAAUCAAAAUAAAGCAUUUUUAUAAGGUACCGGUACACGAUCAGCUCCUUAUUGAAAUCCAUAACAGCUUGUUCUCUCGAUCACAGAAUAAUAAUACCCGUUUCCCCUACAGUUACUAUCCAAGUUUUAAUGGAAUUAUUCAUUCAAGAAUACAUCUCAUCUUCCACUCAUGAUGACGUGAAACGAGAAGGCCUUCUGGAGCGUCGUAUUUCGCCCUACGCCACACUUCGUCCAGGGGACCUAGCUGCACUCCUUAAACUCCACUCUACAAUUUCAAUCCCUUUAUCAAAUUUUGGUCAUAACCAUGGCAGUCACACACACCAUAGUGAAAGGAUUGACACGCUAUUCGAAAAGAAGCAUCAUUUGUCUACUGGGGACAGUGAUGAGGAACAGUCGGAAGAACUCGAAGUCGUCUGCCACGGCGCUGACCAGGGUCAUAUUCCCGCAGAGUAUCUCGUGAAAGGCAUUAAACGUCAUGAAUUGCCUGUCAUUGGUAAGAAAUAAUUAUAUAUUUGUUAAACAACCCCUUGAAUAUAGGAUACUUAAAUUUAGUACCGGUAUAUAAGUUACCUCUUCUACUAUAAAUCUGGACUUUUUUUGGUAAAUUUUAAGGACGAAUGCCACAUUUUUAUCGAAUUACACGAAUCGAAUGUAUCCCUAAUAAUAUCGAUCCCUACUAUGCCUAACCUGAAGCCUAAAUCGAUCCCAAAGCCUAACCCUAAAUCGAUCCCUAUGCCUAACCUGAACCUUUAAAUCGAUCCCUCAACCUAACCUAAACCCCUAUCACUAUCACUGCAACUAUAAUAAUAAACACACAAAAGACGCCGUGGCAUCCCUCCUUAAUAUCAGCCCUUUUUUUCUUCCUAGGCCUUAUUAUAAUUAGCGUAAUAAUGAGGCAGAAAAAAGUCAUUGUCAUUAGGCGGCAUUAGUUGUUAAAAAUAAUAAUGAUGCAAUUUUAAUAAAUGUUAUAAAAUGUUGAUGAAGUUUUUUCUCUGAUAACGACGUCAAUGAUGAAUGAAGCCUAUGAAACUAAGAAUAGGAAUAGGUCGAUCAUGCUGGUUACAGUUACUGAUUACUGUCAUAAUACUAGAACUAAAAGAUGGUAAUGGCAAAGUUAGUCUGGCCUAAAUUCUAUAGGUUCGCCCGAUAACUUUAGUGUGGGAGAAUUGCAGUGUUUUGAUUAAUAUUAUAUGACUAAUCUAUGACUACUAUUCAAAAAUUGGCACUGUUAUGACUUAUACUUAUGUCUAUGUCAUGUAGCCAUAGCCAAUUGUCAUAGUGGCAUAGCAUAGUGUUCCGUAACUGUAAAUAAACUAUAAAAAUAAAAACAAAGUAUAAGUAUAAGUAUAAGUAAGGUGAAACCUGAAAAGGAACACAACUUAACAACUAAUUUGUCUGCAGGAAGCCUUUGUCAGCGAACUAAACAACAGAAAAAACAGAAUAAAAAAAAAAAAAUAGCUUAUAAUAAAAUCAACUGACAUUGACUUUGACAAAAAUGAAACAUUCUAUUAAUAUUUUUUAUUAGUUUUUCGGUGUAGUAGUUAAAGUUAGUAGGUAGUCAUCGCUAUUAUUUAUUUUAUAGGUUUAUUUCGGCGAUUGAGUUGGGGGAUUGAGUGCUUGAUGCGGCAAACAUCAUAUAUGCCUAUCCUAUUUAAUUUCAAAUCCAAUAAUCAAAUAACACCAAUUCAAUUUCAAUACUGCCACUGGUGGGCUAAUCUGAAAUGCAAUACCGGGCGGUAUGUCAUUGAGAGCACAGUGUAGCAAGUAGGCUCCAUGGUCCAUAUGAAUAAUAUUAUGAAUAUGAUCAGACCUGAACACAUUCCAAUAAUUGGAUUGUAUAUUUUUUAUUUGUGCAUCUCCUUUUUAUUCUUAGUUAGCAUUAAUAACUAAGCUGGCAUUAGCAUUAGCCAUACAGGCCUAACUAUAAUAACUUAUAGGUGUAUCGUAUUUCAUUUUUUAAAAGUCUAAACUAACUAGAACUAUUAGUUUUACUUUUUUUUUUCUCUUAACCAUUAUUUAUGUGGUAUGUACUUGGUACAGACACCUGAUACUUGAAUUUUUUAUUUGAAAUUGAACAAUUACUACUGGUACAUCUAUAUCGAAUAUUCAGUUAUUGCCACGUCAUGCCUUACUAAUUGUAAUAAUUUCCAGCAUUUAUUGACGAAGUAUUCACAACUCAAUUUUCAAUAACAAAAAGUAGUGGUGUUAUAUUAUUACAAUCAUUAUAUGAAUUGCCAUUUUGUUGACUAUGUUAAACUACAGGUACUUAAAUUUAAUUUAAGCUCAUACUUGUAUCAGUAAUCAGUAUCAUUAUGUAAUGAAUAAUAAUACCGGGUACUAAUGCAGCAAUUAGCCUACAUUUAAAAUUCAAUCAAAUGAGUUUUAAAUUUAUAUUCCUUCAUAUAUUCAUUUCAAUACCAAGCCAAUACACAAGCAUACUAAUUAUUAGUCAAGGCAUGUUUCUGAGGUUCAAUAAAUGUGCUUAAUUUUCAUAUUAUAAUUUAACAAAUAAUAAACUUGCUAUUUAUGGUCCAAGUUAACACAAUAUAAUAUUAUAGGCAUCAAAGUAAUUUGUAUAUUUUUAUUUUGGGGUAAGCCUAUAAUUGCUUGCCCCAUUUUGUUUUUUUUUUCCAUGUUGCUAUUGCAAAUCUUUUGUUCCAGAUGAUUGGACUCUUUAGGACCUAGAGGUCCAUCAUUGACCAUUGCCCCUCACUGACGGGCAUUAGAGUUACAUUGAAUUGUCUGCUUACCUAGUCAGUAAAUGACAGUAAGAAUUAGCCUCAUUCGUCUCUCAAAUUGCUUGUUGUGUCAUAUUACUUUCUUCUCACUUGUUUUCUCUGCUCAUGUAACUUGAACUCCCUGCUUAUUUGACUUGUACUUCCCAUGUCUAUUUAUAGUGGUUUUGUUUGUCCCUUAAACAUUUUUGUAUAUGUUUUGGCUUUAGGAAAUAUUACUUAUUACUACUUAAAAUGAUGAAUCCUUGAGAUUUUAAGUUGCAUCUAAAAUGAUGAAUUCUUGAGAUUUUAAGUUGCAUCAGUUAUUUAACUGGUUAAAAUUAAAUCCAUGUCAUGUUUUAUAUUGUUGUGUGUUUUGCUCCCAAUUAAAUCAUACAAGUUUGUCAUCAACUCACAAUAAAGUACUCUUGUUUUAUGUCUCUUUAAUUAAACAUAUCCAGACCUAGUAUACUCUCUCGUUUCAGGUGUCUUUGUCCACAAGAAAAUCUGCCCUGGUUUUCGGUACAAAGUGCGUCGUGCCAACUCAAAAGACUUCUUCUGGCAAGGCAAAGCCAGGACUCUUGAAUCUAUUGGCACUGGAUAUGGAUGCCGCUUGACAUUUACAGGUGACAAACUCAACUACAAUGAAAACUACUUCUGGUCUGACAGUGAUCCUAAUGGAUUUGCCUUUAGUAUUCAGGUAAGACGUGGUACUGCAAAUAAUUUAAAAUAUUUUUAAAAAGGUAUUUUUAAAUUCUUGAGCAACAGAGGUAUAGCAUGUGUUUUUGUACAAUUAUCAUCAAGAAUACCAGCCAUUUAUCUUUUUUUUCUGCAGUCUAAGUCUAAGUAAAUAAAAUUAUUCUCUCUACAGUCUGUGUAUCACAGGUCAGCUGUACACAGAAAAAAUAUAACAUUCAUAUUUAUUCUUUAUUCUCAGGCUGUUGAUGUUGGUCAGAAAUUUCUGAUCCAAGACACCUAUGACAAGGUUAUUGGCGAGGGUGUAAUUGAGAGAAUUCAUGGUGCCCAGGAGGUGAAAUCAGUUUCUGCUGACAGGAAGGGUGUUACACAACAUGUGAAUGUCUCUAUCACUUGCUGCAUCACUUAUUACAAACGUCAUCAUCAUGGCCUAAAGGAACUGAUGGUUCAUGAGAACCAAGAGACAGUCAGUGGUGAGGCUGUCCUUUUCAAGGCCAGGUCAUCACGUCAAGGGGCUUUGUUGGCCAUUGAAGAUGUUUAUUUGCCUCGCAUUGGACAGUGCACAUUUGUUCCUGAUGUUUAAAAGGAAUUUGUGAUCUCAUAAUGAAUGUAUUGAGUGUAUCAACUCAGUUAGUCAUUGUUGUAACAUAAGUUAUAUUUAAUCAAUAUUUUUUACAAUAAAGAUGUCUUUUUGAUCUCAGUUGUUGAUGACUCAAAUAUGACAUGUUUUGUAGCUUAGUCAUUAACAUGUGUUGGCAUGAGUCAUCUUGCCAUGGGAGGGUAAAGGGUAUUUUUACUUUUGUAAUCAUGGCUUUCCCUCUCAUGUGCAGUAGUACUGAGCCAUACUCAUGGUCUGGUGUAAUCAAGUAAUUCAUAUCAGCUUAUUUUAUUUUAAAUUAAUUUUUAAAUACCCAGGAAUUGUGGUGGUGCUACUUUAAGUGUCCAUAUAUAUUUUUCAAAUAGCAUCUGUCUUGUUCUACUGAUGGUGAGCGCUUUUGUGCCCUCUUUUUUUAACUGCUUAAGUGAAGAUUUGGAUUGGGAAUAUUAUUUAAAUGAGGAUUUGAGUUUGGAGAAAUUGUUGUUGUAACUUCAGUUUUAAUAACUAAACAACUAUUUGACUUCCAAGAAUUUUUUUUUCUUUUUUAAAUUUAAUGAAAUCAUAUUAUUUUUUUAUAGUUAUAUAGAGAAUUGCAGGUUAGGUGAUUUAGCCUCUUGACUCUUGAAUUUUAAAGUUUUUCUAAAAGAUCUUGCAUCAUGCUAAUUUUUUCCAGUAUUUUCAUUGAACUGUUAAGUCAUAUCUAUACAAAUUCUAUGAUUAAUUCUUGGUAGAUCAUUCUAUUGAAUAGUUAAAGACCUUAUCGAUUCUUUUGUGGUAUUGACAUUGAUUUCAAUGGGGAUGUUUGGAUGUGUUUGAUCUUAUCCCACACAUUUUAAUUUAUAUCAGUAUUGAUCAAGUUUACAAUGAUAUUAAAUAAAAAUAUUUCUACACA